GGCAAACCAGAGCAUCGCAUGCAAAUGCCGUUUACCUUCCCGCCAGAACGGUACCUAUUUAUCUACUUGCACUUGACGUGCUUUUGAACUGCUAGGUUGGCAGGAGCAGGGACCGAGCAACGGGCGCUCACCCCGUCGCGGGGAUUCAAACCACUGACCUUCUGAUUGGCAAGCCCUAGGCUAUGUGGUUUAGACCACAGCGGCACCCAAGCCCUGUUUGGAAGAGACCCUUUAAAAUUAAUGAAUUUAAGUUAGUCAUGGUCAUUAAUUCAAUGAGUCUAUUCGUGAGUUACCCACUGCCUUGCAGGACAUCAUCGGGAGAAAAAAAAGGCUACACAAAUCUGAAUGGAGUUCCUAAGGUAGUUUGAUGAUGCCUUGUAUACCUCCUUCCGGCAACUGCAGCCAAGUUGUUGCCAAACGUAUUGCUCUGCUUUCCUUUGGGCCACAUUAGUGAGGCUGAGAGGCAGCCAGGACCUCCAUACAUGCUGCCCAGGCUUGUGCCCUGGAGAAUUCACUUAGGUGCUGCUAACGCAGCAAAAACAAUGCAGGAGGCAGUAGUUAGAGCAUGGGUAGGCAAACUAAGGCCCAGGGGCCAGAGCCGGCCCAAUCAUCUUCUAAAUCCUGCCCACAGACGGUCUGGGAAGCAGCAUGUUUUUACUCGAUUAGAAUGUGUCCUUUUAUUUAAAAUUCAUCUCUGGGUUAUUUGUGGUGCAUAGGAAUUCGUUCAUUCCACACACACCCCUCCAAAAAAUAGUCCGGCCUCCCACAAGGUCUGAGGGACAGUGGACUGGCCCCCUGCUGAAAAAGUUUGCUGACCCCUGAGUUACCAGUCUCUGCAGCCACAGGCAGGCACUAUGAUUCUCCAGUGGUUUGACUUCACUUCCAGAGGCGAACUCUGUGGUCUCUUGAGACAGACGGAUGCUAACAGCAACUAUUCUGAAUGGACAACCGUUGAACCAGGUUUUCUCCCCACCACAUAUGUAGUACAGCUACCUUAGUUUCUUGAUGUCACACUGAUAGUUUCUUGAUGUCACUAUGAUAGUUUCUUGAUGUCACUAUGAUGUUUCCCUAUCAAUGGCAGCCAUUUGAGGGUGAGUUGUGUGUACAGUAUGUUACAGAAGUGGCAGAGUUUGUGGUGACCUGUUAGGCAUAGUAUGUCCUACUUCUCUAACAAUAAAAUAAAUAAAUAAAUAAAUAAAUAAAUAAAUAAAUAAGGGAGCAGACUCCAUAUGUGUAAUUUGCAUUUGCUGAGUUACCAGCUGAGACCUAGACUUCAAAUUCCUUUGUUUAUCUCAUAUACACAUAUGAAAGUAAUUAAGCAAUUAAGGACCUCUGAUCCUUGUGACCUCUGAUCCUUAUGCAAUGAAGCGCAUACAGGUUCGCUGGUAAACAGAUUUGCUUAAGAAAAUGACGACAAAUGCAAAGACUGUCUUUUUGCUUUUCUUAGGAAUGAGCUUUGUGCAAAACAGCAAUUCAGGUAAGAGAACAUGGAAGCCUAGUGUUUUUCAAAUAGGUAGCUUACUUUUUUUUUGGCUGUUUGGUUUUAUGGAUUGUAAUUGGUUCUGUUUACAAUGGGCAAACACAUUACAAUCCAAACAUUCCUGCCUGUGUUGCAAAUAUAUGUUAAAAUGUAUUAAAAUCAUAACAGCAUGAUUGCUAGAUGAAUUCACCUGCUGUUCAGUUCUGUAUGUCAGGGAGUUUUGCACGGAGUCUCUUAGCAAGUUUUUUUUAAAAAAAAAAUGAAUCAGUUAAGGCAGGGAAUUGCCCCUCAUUAUUAAUGGAGCAUUUAUUUCAACAAUAUUUGGGACAUUCAAUGUACAUCUCUCUCCCAGCCCCCAUGUACAUGUUUAGCUCUUUAACAAUAUAAAGCAUAAGCUGGUGAGGGGAGGGCUUACAUAUAGAGAAAAUUGAACCUGCACUUCGGCAGAGAUGAUGCCAAAUUUUGUACACAACACUAAAUGUGUGUGCAAAUGUCCAAGAGCAUAGGAGAUGCUACAUAAUAGUGCAUUGUCAAAUGCAAAGCUCUUUUUGUAUUUUUCUGCUAGUUGACAGCUGCAAUACUGUGGCAGAAAGCAAUAUUUUGCUGGUGGUUUCUAGCAUGGCAUGUGUUGCUCAGAAAACAUUUUCCUUGUGUGCAAUUAGAUAAUGAACUGAAGCUUGACCAGGCCCUGCUCUCUGUCAACAAUUACCUUCCUGAACGAAUUGCUGCUUUCUAUGUCUCUGAAGCUUGCUACAAAGUAAGUAAAAAAAGGGCAUUGCUGAGAAAAUAAGGGCUGUGCUAUCUGUAAUAAUGUGUGAGGAAUCAGCUGAGUUUAGGGGGGUGAGGGUUUGUGGUAUUGCAGAAUUUGUUAUCUGCUUGAUCACAGAGCAUCUAGUGUUUCUGUGAAGCACUACAAAUAACCACAGGCUUGCAGCCCACAGAUCAGGCUAGUUAUUUCAAAUCAAUAUGGGAUUUCUCAACUCCUCACCAGAUAGUAUAAGAACAUAAUAAAGACCUUCCUGGAUUCAGUUAAUAGCUCAUUAGCAUACCAUUUUUCACUCUUUUGUUAAGCAAAACACAUGCAAGGUGAUAAGCUAACAUUUAGUCAUUUAGCCAAUGUCUCAGGAGGGUGGGAAAAGUGAGAAAGGGGCAGGACUUGUUCAUUCCAAAGCCUCUCCCUUCCUUACAAGAAAUAAUAUUUUUUAUUUAAAAAAACAACAGAUUCCCAGUAGGCAGUUAGUUGUUCUAGCUCCAGAAUUUACCCAGCGCCCCCAAAAGUCAGCACACUUCUGCUACGCAUUAAGGACAAACGGAUAUAUUUUCCUCCCUCCUCUUUCCACUUCUAAUGUGGGUUAACUGAACCUGGCAAUCUUUUUGUCUGUCUCCUGUACCAGCAAUAGCUUGAAGCCAUCCAUUCAGCAGUUUGAAUAGACUACUAGAAACUGGAUUUGCAUGCGUUGAUCUUUACACAGUCUGAAUCUGAGAUGAGGCCAGUAUCAGGCUUAUACUAAAGUCAUGCAAGAUUUAUCAUGAUGGAAAAUCUCAUAUCAUUUUAAAGUUAUGCCAAUGAUCUACAGAGAUAAACCAUAGCAUAAGAUCAGAUUCACACACGUCUGCUCGCAAAUUGCCUUGAAACUUGAAUAAACAUAUAUAAAAGGCAAUUCAUAAAUUAAUAAAAAUGAUAGUAGCAGGGCUUAUUUUUCAGCUGUGAACUUUCUGGAACUCACUUCUGGCACAGCUCAGGUGGACUCCAUUGCCAUUAUAAGAGAACAAGGGAGUUCCAGCACCCUUUUUUCAAUAGAAAAAUGGAGGAGAGAGAGGAAAUUAGUCUACUGGAAGGAGGAGGAUAUUAGGGUUAAAAAGGUUAAAAGGUUAAACAGCCACAAAAAUCUCCCUGUUUUAGGCAGGAAGACCUCAGGAGAGAGGAAGGAGACCACAUUUUUCUUUUUCUCACCCAGAACUGGUUGCAAUUAAGUUAUCCAGUUUAGGCCUGGCUGACAUCCCUGAAAUAAAGCCCUUCCGUUUAUAUUCUCUCUCUCUCUCUCUCUCUCUCUCUGUCUCUCUCUCUCUGACUCUCUCUCUGACUCUCUCUCUCUUUCUGUUUCAGGAAUGUUGGGAAAGACAAAUGUCUCUAUCUUAUUGUGCCAAGCUAGCUGGAGCCCUGAACACCUGUUAGGCCUGUUAAGGCCUGUGGAUACAUUGCAACAGUUGGCCUCCUUGUUUUGAUAAUAAAAUAGAGUUCCUCAGAUCCACUCUAUUCUAGAUAGUUUGCUGGCAUUCAGAUUAAUAUCCCAUCAGCACAGCCUGCUUCCCCUCAGCUAGAUUACUAUCCCCAUCGGGGUCUUAAAUCAUAAAAGACGUGUCUGUUUAUUCCCUUGUUUCUUUAGUGUCUGCCUCAGCCUCUCCUCACGGUUUCACCGGCUUCCAUGGGAGCUCCUUCAAACACAAGCGUGGCGGUUAGUUCCCGCUUUUCUCUCACAGUCACAAUGUUUGCAGAAGCAGAUGCAGUUGCCCCUGUUUGCAGGUAAAUCGUGCACAGAUGCAUUUCAGGGGGGCGGUUCUGAGAGAAAAUGGUGGGAACUAAAGGCCGCUUCACACACUCAGGGGAGCUAUAAGGCGAAACCUUUCCUGUACUGUAUAAUUUCAGUGUUACUCAAUAUGAUACUUCAUGGCAAAAACCUUACACCCAGAAUGAUAUAAUAUCGGGGAGAAGUUGCUUAUGGGCUUCUGUGAGUCUCCCUGAGAGGAUUAGUGUACUUUUCCUUGUAUAUGACUAGGUUUUUUUUACUUAAAAAUUAUGUGAAAAACUGGGGGUUGUCUUAUUCAUGGAUAGUGAAUGGUGGGGAUUUCUUAAAUUGGAGUCCCUAAAAAUAGGGGGCAUCUUAUACAUGGAAAAAUAUAGCAUAUUCUCUGCUGCUGAGUAUACAGAGAAGGGUGUUUUAUUUGUUCCUAAGGCAGGCCAGAGGUCUGAGAGAAUUUUUGAAAUUUGCUUAUCCAAAGUCUGGAAAUCAAAUUCUACUGGGGGUACAACUUGGAAACAGAUUGGGUGUUUAGUUGUCAUAUCUACAAUCCAGAGGUGAUUGGACACUCCCUUCAGAUUCUUGUAGUUUGUCUGAGUUGCAGGCCUCUUUUUUUGUCUGUGACUUAGAGAUAAGCAGUUGGUUGCAUGAACUGGGCCUUUUUGCAUUGCAAAAGUCUCUCACAUACCCCCAAUCCCCCUUGGCCUAUUGUUCCCCAUUCUAGGAUAAUGUGGCAUCCAGCCAGAUGAGGUGAUAAAAGGCUCACCUAUUUGUCUUUAUGGCAACAGGAGGUGAACAGUACUUAACUGGCCAGAUAAGGCUACAGUCAUACCUCGGGAUAAAUAUGCUUCAGGUUGAACGCAUUCGGGUUGCGCUCCGCGGCGACCCGGAAGUAAUGGAGCACGUUACUUCUGGGUUUCACUGCUCGUGAAGCAUAGACGGUCAAAAUGACAUCACGUGCAUGCACAGAAGUGGCAAAACGUGACCCGUGCAUGCACAGAUGCGCUGCUGCGUCUUACGCUCUGUUCGGGAUACGAAUGGGGCUCCGGAACGGAUCCCGUUCGCAUCCCAAGGUACCACCGUAUUACCCUACAAAUAAACUGGCUGAUUGAUUCAGGGGGCAUCUUCUGCUAGAUUCUAAAUUCAACUGGAUGCAGAAUCACAGGCCUGGAAGGAACUCAUCCAGACAGACCCCCCCUCAAAAAAACCCACCAAAAUCUUUAACAGUACUUUACCUUUAUUUUCCGCUUCACACACAGGGGAAUCAUGAGGCGAAAACUUUCCUGUACUGUAUAAUUUCAUUGUUAUUCAAAAUGAUAAUUCAUGGCAAAAACCUUACACCCAGAAUGAUAGCAUAUUGGGGAGAAGUUGUUUAUGGGCUUCUGUGAGUCUUCCUGAGAGGAUUACUGUACUUUCCCCUGUAUAUGACUAGGUUUUUUUUUACUUAAAAAUUAUGUGAAAAACGGAGGGUUGUCUUAUACAUGGAUAGUGAAUGGUGGGGAUUUCUUAAAUUGGAGUCCCUAAAAAUAGGGGGCAUCUUAUACACGGAAAAAUACAGUAUACUCUCUGCUGCUGAGUAUACAGAGAAGGGUGUUUUAUUUGUUCCUAAGGCAGGCCAGAGGUCUGGGAGAACUUUUGAAAUUUGCUUAUCCAAAGUCUGGAAAUCAAAUACUACUGGGGGUACAACUUGGAAACAGAUUGGGUGUUUAGUGGCCAUAUCUACAAACCAGAGGUGAUUGGACACUCCCUUCAGAUUCUUGUAGUUUCUCUUAGUUUUUUUGUCUGUGACUUAGAGAUAAGCAGUUGGUUGCAUGAACUUGGCCUUUUUGCAUUGCAAUAGUCUCUCACAUCCUCCCAAUCCUCCUUGGCCUAUUGUUCCCCAUUCUAGGAUAAUGUUGCAUCCAGCCAGAUGAGGUGAGAAAAGGCUCACCCAUUUGUCUUUAUGGCAGCAGGAGGUCAACAGUACUUAACUGGCCAGAUAAGGCUAUUACCCUACAAAUAAACUGGCUGAUUGGUUUAGGGGGCAUCAUCUGCUAGAUGCUAAAUUCCACUGGAUGCAGAAUCACAGGCCUGGAAGGAACUCAUCCAGACAGACCCCCAACAAAAAGAAAUAUUUAACAGUACAUUACCUUUAUUUUCCUACUUGCAACCUCUAACCCUGCCUUAACACUUAUACAACUAACACCACUCCUGACAUGCUAGUGUUUUAAUUAAUAUAUCAGAGAGAGAGGGAGAGAGAGAGAGAGAGAGAGAGAGAGAUCAGAAAUCUGCUUAUACACAAUAUAGACAAACAGAAAUACAAAGGCUAAAACAUUUGCAAGGCUCAGUGCCAAAGUUCCAAAACAAGUGUGUUGAUGUCUUGGAGUUCACUCUCUGCUCAAGAGAAUGAAUUUGGGCUUCAUGGUUCAAAACCUUGCUCAAGAAGGUAAUUUUGAAAUGGUCUGUAGAAGCAUUAGCUUUUUCUUUCCAGGGAUCACGUGAAUUUAAGAGCAACAUAUCAUCUCCAAAAUCAAUGGUAAAAUCCUUUCCUCAGCCCAGGGAACAAUUUUAAAGCAAAAGUCCUGUCAGAACUGAUCGCAUUACCAUAUACUGUAUUUUUCCGUGUAUAAGACUAUAUUCCCCCCCCCCAAUAUUUUUUUUUAAAGUUGAAAAUUGAGGGUUGUCUUAUACAUGGAAUGUUGCAAUUAAUUAUUUCUUAAUUUGGGGCUCAAAAAAAUACGUUUGAGGCCGUCUUAUACAUGGGGGUGUCUUAUACAUGGAAAAAUACGGUAUAUCUUUUCAUAGUAAUCAGUCGGGCCAAAUUUAGAUUGAGAAAUGAAAGACAACUAGGGUAGAGUGUCUGCAGUAUAAUACUUUUGCAAUAACAAAUAAUAAAUUGGUUAGCCUUUUAAAAGUGCUACAAGACUAACAUAGCUAUCUCUCUGGAAGAUUUUGCAGCAUCAAGGACUUGGUUCUCCUUAGAGCUAAGCAAAAUCUGUGAACAGGGAUUGAGAGGAUUUAGUUGCAGCCUCCUUCCCCAACACCUCCUUUCACUGGGCCUACUGUAAAUGGAACCAACUUUGGCUACAAUCUGAAGAAUAAAUUCUGGGGCUAAAGCCAUAGGAUUUGGGGUUCAGUCUGGUUGCCCCUUUCUGCUUGAAUAUGGCAGAGUCCCAAUAACUAUCAUGGUCUUCUAUAAUCAGUACUAUAGUCAGCAGUAUCAGGGGGUCAGUCCAGUGUCAAAGGAUGGAAUGAAAAAUUGAAGCUGACCCUGGUGUGAAAAAUGAAGAUUGAUAUUGGUAUCGUGACCUCUGGCAUUGCAUAAUAGGACUUUUAUCCCUCCACCUUCUUCCUCCCCCCCCCCCCUUGCUUGAAUGAACUGGGAUGAUUUACUGAUGCUGUCUUAAAAUGGGACAGUAGUACCAAGGGAGAAGCUGAAUCUCCCUCACCCUCAUCUGAAAACCACUGCCCUCCCCGUACCCUUUGGCUGUUCUUUGGUUGAACUUCAGUGCUGUGAGUGUAGCGGCUGGCAGAUGGUUCCUAAUUUAAAAUGUGCUGCCUGACAUCAGCUCCAAAUUUGCGUCGCUGUCAGAUUUUUUAUGUUCCCUCAAGUUUGUCCUUUCAUGUACUUGACUUCCCCCUUGAUAAGCAAGAAAAUGCAUUUCCUGUUGUCAGAGCUGCUUCCAGAUCCUAGCUCACAGAGGAUCACGCUAGCCAGCGAUCAUUAAACAAAAGUCUUUAUUGAGUUACAGUUUCCAUUCUCAAGCUGCUGCGUGCAACUCUACGUCUCAUGCUUAGACCGGCGAAGCUCCGUCUGAGUCUCCGCCCCUUGUACACCAACUUAAUAUCCUAGCCCUGCUCCACCUUUUCCGCCUGACUGUUCUUCUCUGGGUCCCUCUGCCCCCCCGGGGUCUCUUCCUUCCGGGAUUCCUCUGACGCUGACGCUGACCCCCCUGACUCUUCUCCCUCCUUUCGGCGGGCUUUAGGACCUGGCUCCCUUUCCGGGCUGCCUACUGCGCCACCUUCCUGUGCAUUUGAACUUAGCGCGCGCGCCCAACCUUCCACCUUCCGUCUGACCGUUUCUUCGCUCCCCGAUGGAGGUGUGGCCACUCCUGACUCGUGCCCUCCCCCCUGUUGUGAGUUGCCAGCGCUUGAUCCCUGGCGCCCUUCCUCUUCCCUGCUCUCUGGCGGUGACGCUGGUCCCGAUUUCCAACUGCUCCCCUCUGAGUCCCCUCUGGCUCUAUCUUCCUGGGGUGUCCCCUAGGCUCCCCCUUGCCCUGGCCACUGGUGCUCCUUUCUGUGAAUCUUCUGAUUCACUGGAAAGACUCGGAGAUCUCGGGUCGUCGUCAUCACUCAUCUUUUCUUCUGCCUCCUCCCCCUCGCUCUCUGUUUCCUCCCUUGCCCUUGCCUCUGCUCCUGAACCCCUGACACCUGUCCUUUCUGCUAUUCUCAUAUUUUAGUGAAUUAUAUUAAUUUUGAUCCAUUUGUCUUUGGCUUUCUUCUCUCUUUGCUGCACACCAUUCUAUUUUCACUAAUCUGUAAGGUAGAUUUGAAUCUUCUCUCUCUUUAUACAUGCAUUUAAUUAUUUUUUUAAGCCAACAGAAAUGUACUUGGGGUACAUCUGAUGGAGCUCUUUGAUGCUUGAAGUUAAGCCUGCAAAAAUAGUUUAAGAUAAGAAAAUAUACAUUUGUGUGUCCUGUUUCCACAGUAUUGUGUUUCUGGUUUUUCAGGAGAAAUAUGUAAGAAGUAAAAGAGCCAGCAGAUGUAUCACUGAAAUGUCAUUGGUUUCAAAAUAUUUUAAAUUGUAUAUAUGUAUAUGUUUUAAGGCUACAAUUUGUCCCUUUGUGAAUACAGUUUCAAUAAGGUGUGUUACAGUGGGCCCUCAUCAAAUUGUAUUUCCCAGAUAUUAUCUGGGAUAUCAACUGUUGAGGCCUACACCUCACAAAUGAUAUUGUAAAGCUGGAAAAGGUGCAGAAGGGGGCAACCAAAAAAAGGUGCUGGAGCAACUCUCCUUUAUGGAAAUGCUUCAAGAUUUGGGCCUUUUUAGUUUAGGAAAAAGGCUAUCCAUCCAUGGCCUCUAGCCAUCAUGGCUAUGUUCAACCUCCACCAUUAAAAGCAGUGUAUGCCUCUGAAUAACAGUUGCUCCCCAUUUAUUCUUUCUGAUUUGUUCUUAUGCAUUUUCGUUCAGUUGGAGAGCUUUAUAUGGAGAACAAGGCCGGUACUUGCUAACUGUCAAGCCCAUCAAGAAUACAACUGAAGUCUCUUGUACGUUAAGUGUGGAGAAAGACCCUGAGAAUGGUUACAUCCGUAAGUAUCCAAAACAUUGUUAAAUCACUUUACAUAGGGAAGGGACUUAUGUGUUACAAAUAUGUUUACCGAUAAGAGUUUAAAUUGAAGUGUAUUUCAGUGAAAAGUUCAUCUGGGCCUAUUGAGCUUCCAAGAGCUUGUUUCAAGUUGUUUUAUUCAUGUCCUGUAAUAAAUUCAUGUCCUGUGUUUCAUUAUGAGUCUAAGGCAGCUAACAAUUUCAAAUGAAUUAUCAAAGGCAGUUAUUUUUGGUUAGAUGUCUGUUCCAUUAUCUUGGCAUGCUGACUUUGGGUUGCAUUAGAAUUUAUAGAGUGUUUUGUUGGUGCUUAAUGGCAGAUUGUGAGCCAAACCCUCUGCAUUGCAGGUUGAUCAGCUGUAGCUGAGAUCACUUUUAGGGACAUCAAGCACAACAACCUAACAGUACAGGGCAUGAGUCCACACCUCUCUUGUGCUUUGCUGAUUGUCAGCCAAGCAUGGCUCAGAGCAGGUGAGGCACCAUUGCCUUUGCUACAGUUGGCCCUUGUUAGCAUCUCUUGGGUUCUGCCCAUCAAACUAGAUUUACUGAAGAGGAACAUAAUGUCAGUGCUGGAUGUUGCCCUGACUUUGCCACCCCUUGUUCGUUCUUCAUCUGGCACUCUCUCUCCUCAUCGGAGAGUUCUUGUAAUGCAAGGCAAGAUACACUAAAGUACCACAAGGCAAUCCGUUUCCAGAAUUUUGUCACUGACAGAUGCAGUUGUCAUUUUCCCGCUGCAGGACAAUCUUUCUUUCCAAACCCAUAAUUUUGGAAGUGAUUGCAGAAAGUUACCAAUGUUCCUAUCAUUCACAGGAUUAGAAACGUAAGAACUAAAACCAGGUGAUUCCACCCCCGUUGAGGAAGUAAGAUAAUGUAUCUUUCCUAAGAGAUUGGGGAGUAACAAACCAGUCUGGAGAAUGCUUCAGUAUGUGUCCAGGUAGUGACUCAUCACUGCUUGAAAAACCUCUCUAAAUUCUGUUAAGCCAAAAUGUGGUGAUUUGUGAUUGGAAGCAGCAUACGGGAAAAUUUGCAAAACCAUUUAAACAUACUAAUGCAAAGUUCAGCGUAGUUGAUUUGAUUGCAUAAAAAGAAAACUUAAGUCCUUAAUUUAAGGGCAAGGUUAUACACGGAGAAAUGUUUCAUGGUGCCAUUCUGAUGGCCUAAAGUCAAGAGUUAUUGGUGGCGAAAUAACCACAGGGAUGGUGGAUUGAAUGGAUGAACCACAGGAAUGGAGGAGCAACUAAUAAGGAUGCUGUUUCUUAAAAUAUGUAAUCCCUUAUGCUUUUAAUUAGGGUCACAACAUAGACUGCAAUCCUAACCCCCCCUUACCUGGAAAUAAGUCCCAGUGAAGUCAGUAGAAUUUCCUCCUCUUUAAAUAAUAUAUUUUAUUGAUUUUCGAGAAACAUGGAAAAGUACAAACAGGAAAAAUAAAAGGAACAUGCAGAGAAUAAUACCCCCAAAGUAGUUCCCCCGCCCCACUUUCCUAGAACAACAUGGAUUAUAAAAAGACCAGGAGUUGCCAAAAUAUUUUUACUGUUCACAAAAUAAAAUUGACCAGAUAUUAGAAUUUACUGGUGAGUAGACACAGUUUAGGAUUGCAGCCUAAAUCCUUACUAUAGUUACUCAAGUAUAAUGUGCCAUCAAAUCUAAUGUACACCUUAUUUUUUGCAAUGUGCUUUGGCCAACAAAGGUGAGCAUUAAAUUUGAGUAAAUGCGGUAUAUGAUGAUUUAAAAAUGGGGCUGUACUACUAUAUUGUACAACUGUAUUGCACGUUACAAGAAAUGCAAUAACAAUAUCCAGUCCUUUCACAGAUCUGCAAUUCAAGGGAUAUCUUAGUGGGCAGGGGGACAGAUAAACCAUGGCAGAUUAAACUGGCUUUAAACUUUAGGUAUGCAGUGGAAAUAUGGUUGUGUUAAUGCAUGAUACUAAAUUGCCAAUUUGCACCUGUGAAAACUGAGAACAGGAACUAAUUAAAGGCCAAUUGAGGGGCAAUUUAUCCAUAUUGUUAUGGCCAUUUUAAAUAGAAGGAGGCGGCUUCUAAUUAAAGGCCCAAUGCCCCUGGGCUGGGUGGCAAUAGUGAUUUAAGUGAGGGGAAAUCACUACACUUGAGGUCUGAAAAAAGGAGUAUGGAAUAGGGUUAGGGUCAGUGCUUUUUUCCUUGAGAAAUAGGUUCCGGUUAGUACUCACUGUGAAGUUGUUACAGUAAGUGCCACACUUUUUAACAACAACAAAAAAGAGAUGCCGGUAGUAUGUACCUUGGGUACCCCCUGGAAGAAAGCACUGGUUACAAUUGCUUAGCAAUGACAAUGUCUGAAUUUACUGUAAAACUGUCCUGCUUUUUUCGCUUUUCUCUUCAUUUUCCUGAACUGUCAGUCAGUAUUAUUUGCCCACUGAGCAUGUUAAAUUCUCAUUCCGCUGCUGUUGUUGUUUUGUUCUUCCCUCUCCCCAUUUGUUUUGUGCUACUCGGAUUCUCCCAAGCCUACUGUGCACGGAUAGUAUUGCUUUGCUAUAUAAGGUCCAGUACCCUUUGAGAAUUUAGUUCACUGUUAACUGAAUUUUAUAUUUUUUUUUAUCAUGUGUCAGGAACCUUUGGCCCUCCAGAUGUUGCCAUCAGCCCCAGCAAUCAUGGGAGUUGUUGUUUAGCAACAUCUGGAGGGCCAAAGGUUCCCCAUACAUGAUUUAUAUUAUUUAGAUCAGUGUUUCCCAAACUUAGGUCUCCAGCUGUUUUUGGACUGACUACAACUCCCAUCAUCCCUAGCUAGCUGGACCAGUGGUCAGGGAUGAUGAGAACUGUAGUCCAAAAAGAGCUGGAGACCCACGUUUGGGAAACCCUGAUUUAGACAGUCACAAGGACAUCCCCCACUUAUUUUAAUUCAGUAAGUAAAUAUAGGGUUUUGUGCCUAUUCAUCAGUUAACUCCCCUGGACAUAUUACAAAAAAUUAAACAGCAAUGUGUUGUUUUAAACAUUUGGGUACAGAUAAGGUGACUUCCUGAAAAAUGUAUGGGUACAAUAACUUCCUUUCUUCCUUUAUAAAGAACAUUCCCAUUGAUAGCUAUUAAAAAAAUGAACUUCCUCAAAUUCUUUCAAGUUUACUUCUUGCUACCUAUGCCGCCCAGUAGAGGGAGCCACACACCUCCAAAAAAACAACAUGCAGCUCUGGGAAAAGUAUCUGUCCUGAGCUGUCGUCCUUUGGGAGCCCCUCACUGCUAAAAGCAGAACUGGGGGAGUUACAAUGGCAUUCUUCCUAGCAUGCUGGUACAAUUUGCGUGAAGAAUAGAAGAGAGAAUGAAUUAUGAUGUAAAAGAGUAAUAAUUUAUAUAACGCUUCAGAAUGUUUAAGAGCAGGGGUUUCAGGCUUGUCAGAUUUGCUAGAACCUAAAGAUCUACCUACUUCAGGUGCAAAAAACUUACAGGUAGAAUUAAUGAAGUACCCUUGAGCAUAUUCUGAGUCUAGGAUUCCAACCCCCCUGCCUGGAGCAGUACUGAACAUACCGUAUUUCCUCCUGUAUAAGGGGCCUCCAUGUAUAAGAGGCCCCCUAUUUUGGGGGACUCAAAAAAAAACACAAAUGGGGCCAAUGGCCGAGAGUUGUUGAGCUUUUUUUGGGGAGGAUUUCCAAAAGUUGUUGACUUACAUAUUCUUUUGUAGUGAAAACACCUCGUCUUAUGCAUGGAAAAGUACGGUUGUUUAUUAGUCCUUUCACAUGUAACUCCAUUGCUGGUUGGCUUUCUUGAUUUCAACAGCCUUGUUUAGGUCAAAAGAAAGCUGUUUUGUAUUGUUUAAACAACUGGGCUUCAGAAACCCUUGCUGAUUUCCUGCAGAUCACCAGAGAUCUUUCAGUGGAUCCCAAUCAACCUAGAACUAACUGAGCUCCCCCACCCCACCCAUUCUAUUUUUAUUCCAUCUUUCCUCCUCGGAGUUCAAGGUGAUUCUGUGAAAUAGUCAUCAGUUGCUGGACUGAUAAAAUAGGUAUCUUACAAAGGAGGAAAGCUGGUUUAUAUUUGAUAUCAAAUUUUGCAUUGUGAUUGGUUCAAGGCAACGGCAGAUGUAUUGUCUCCUUUGUGGAGAUAAACUUAUCACAGAGACAUGAAAAACAUUUCCAUUCUGGCAGCUGUAACAGGCAGGAGGUCUCGGGCCAUUUUCUUUGUGAACAAGAUUAUGUGUCAUAAAGCUGUCAGGAGCCGGUUCUAAUUUGACAGUUUGUUGGCUCUGGAGACUGCAAGACGAUGCACAUUGGAGAUGGGGAUAUCUUACAGAUGCCACAAUAUCUUUGCGGAUGGCACUGAUAAAAGGCGGGUGAAUUUUAUGGGCAAGUGAAAUUGUCCUUGCAAAGAAAUAAAGCCGUUUUCUGUGCUUUGACAGUAGUAUGUCACCUGACACACUGUGGGGCAACAAAGCUGCCUCAGGGUUUAGAGCUGUUUUAAUUUCAUGUUGGAAUCAAGCUAUAGAUUGUCGGUUCAUCAAUUCUUUCUGAAAAUUAGGGUUGUAAAUUUAAUCAGUAGAUUAUAACAUGCAGUCCAGCAUUUCAGAUGGUUUCUCUCUUGUGUAACACCCAUGUUCUCUCACCAAGAAAUGUGGCUUGAACCCUCUUCUCUGCCUGUUCUGCAAUGGUCAGUCCUGAGCUGGUUUCUGAGAGCCAAACUAGCCAUGACAAGGGAGAUUUGUCACUCAGAAGCAGCUACACCUCCAGUUUCUAGUUUGGAUUGAGGUUACAGCACCGGUUGAUGGAUUCUAAUUCCUCCCCCACCCCCUGCCCAUUAUUUUCCUAACUGUAAAUCUCCUUCUCUCAGAACUGGUACUAGCUACUGGGGCAAAAGAUGCGAGGAGAGGACAGAGAAAGGAUUCCAUAUCGUAGCAGUCUUUUUACCUCCAUGGUAAAUAGCAACUUCGGGGAGGAAUUGCGGAAAUGGUGGAAGUGAAAGGUUUAACAGUGCCACAGCCUCAGUCCAAAUCUCUCUCUCUCUCUCUCUCUCUCUCUCUCUCUCUCUCUCUCUCUCUGUAGAUACUUCCUGUUGAAGAAGUCAUAAGAUCUGCACAAGAUCUCUUCUGUUGUAUGUUGUUCAGCCCUGUGGGCUUAAUAUACUGUCCAUAGCGCCAAGGAAAUUUUAAUUUCACAAUUUGAUGCAAUUUGAUUUAUUUCUGACUCUAUCCCAUGGGCUCAAAGUAGCUUAUAGCAGUUUUCUUUCCUAAAUGUAAAUUGUUCUGUGCAAAAGGGCCUCACAAUCUAAGUAAAUCAAGUUGUUGGGGGAUAAAAAAGGCCAAUUUUUAAAAAAGAACAUCGUCAGCUUAAAAUCACAUGCUGUAAUUUGGCAGCAUUUCAUAUACUGAUAUGCAGUUAUGAGAAAAUAGAAUAGAAAAAGCAAAGAGUACACAUUUCUUCUUAAUGUGCAUGUCUAUUGUCAAGAUGCAUAACCCCUUCAGAUUUUAAAUUACAGACUCUGGGACUGAAAUAUGAAGAAUGUCAAGUGUAAAAACUCUCACUAGUGUUUUUAGUUUUAAUUAAAAAAAACAGCUUCUGUCCUAAAGGCAAUAGAAAG